UAUCGGAGAGCCGUUGUGGUAGUAUACACAUCACAUACAUCAGUGCUAUAAAAAGGCAAUCGAUAUAAUCUGGCAAAAUGAAGGGCUUCAGACAGAGGGUGCACGAGCAGCUGUCGCGGGCAAAAGAUUCGAACAAGUCGUCGAAAAAACGAGACUCGAACAAUAAUACAUCGAAUACUGGCCUCAGUCCUGCUCAUCAUGCCCAAUCGACCAGCCCCAACCAUGUAACCCCUACAUCCUCUACAACGUCCCUGAACGAAACGAGGAAUGCGAAGGUCGAUAAUGCUUCUCCAGCUGCGAUCAAUUCGCCAGCAGGUCAUCAGAAUAAUCAGGGUGCCGCUGCUCCAGCCGGCGCAGGACAACAUUUCGUACCCUCUGCGCAAUCAAUGGGUGGUAACCUCGGUGGCCAGCCCGCAAAUCUUCCCGGGACACCUACAAGACAAGGGCAACAACCCAUCACCCCCAGUGUUGUGAUCAGCCCUAGCUCGCAUGUUCCUCUUCCUGGAGCUGCCGAAACCAUGCCUGGUGAUCUUGCGCCCCCAAAGAAAUCUCACGUCUUUGAUAGACUUCAUUCCACGCCCAAAGAUAUGUCUGAAGGCAUCAGGACACCUAAGCGCCAGCAUUCCUCUCGAUUCGAUAUCUCCGAUCAACGCCAGCGAGAACUGGAAAAAUUGCCUGGUUUCCAUGAAGUCCCGCCGAACCGUCGCCAGGAUCUGUUCAUGCAGAAGAUUGACCAGUGCAAUAUUAUAUUCGACUUCAAUGACCCCACUGCCGAUAUGAAAUCUAAAGAGAUUAAGAGAUUGGCACUUCACGAACUCCUCGAUUAUGUCGCAAACAACCGUUCGGUUAUCACAGAACCCAUGUAUCCUCGAGUGGUUGAUAUGUUCGCCAAAAACCUUUUUCGGCCUAUCCCGCCUCCAGUGACUCCACAAGGAGAGGCUUAUGAUCCCGAAGAAGAUGAGCCUGUAUUGGAAGUUGCUUGGCCUCAUAUUCAAGUGGUCUAUGAGUUUUUCUUGCGGUUUAUUGAGAGUCAAGACUUCAAUACAAAUAUCGCGAAACAAUAUAUUGAUCAUCAAUUCGUUCUCCAGUUGCUCGAAUUGUUCGAUUCCGAAGACCCCCGCGAACGCGAUUUCCUCAAAACGACGUUGCACCGUAUUUACGGAAAGUUCCUCAACCUGCGUUCAUAUAUUCGACGCUCAAUAAACAAUGUCUUCUUCCAGUUCACAUACGAAACCGAGCGGUUUAAUGGUAUUGCAGAAUUGCUAGAAAUUCUAGGAUCUAUUAUCAACGGGUUUGCCCUGCCGUUGAAGGAAGAGCACAAGCUUUUCUUGACCCGAGUCUUGAUCCCAAUGCAUAAGCCCAAGGGCUUGAGCAUGUACCACCCACAACUCGCAUAUUGUAUUGUCCAGUUUCUUGAAAAGGACUCAGUACUCACAGAGGAUGUCGUCAUGGGUCUACUCCGUUAUUGGCCCAAGGUGAACAGCACUAAAGAGGUGAUGUUCUUGAACGAGGUUGAGGAUAUUUUUGAGGUCAUGGAUCCAACGGAAUUUGCCAAGGUUCAAGGGCCGCUUUUCACUCAGUUGGCCAAGUCGGUUGCCAGCCCUCACUUCCAGGUUGCUGAGCGGGCUUUAUACUUUUGGAAUAACGAGUAUUUCUGCAACUUGGUCAGCGACAACGUUGAGACCAUCCUGCCUAUCAUGUUUGCACCCUUGUAUGAAAACUCCAAAGGCCACUGGAAUAGAACCAUUCAUAGCAUGGUAUAUAACGCCAUGAAGCUUUUUAUGGAGAUCAAUCCCCAGCUCUUUGAUGAGUGUUCACAAGAAUAUAACGAACACCAAAGUGGAGCUGAGGAGAGAGAACAGGCUCGUCGCAGAAGAUGGGAGGUGCUUGCGGAACAAGCUGAAAAGAGGAAAAAGGGCCUCUUAAAAGAACCAACUACAUCAACCACGUCGGUCCCUGCAAGUAAAGCCGAUGAUAUCGAUCCAGUCACACAAGACAGCCAGAAGCGCUUGAAUGCUCUCAAACUUGAUGAGACUACUACGGUUAAAGACAGGGCCACGACUUCGGUUAGUUAGCAUCCAACCCUUUGCUGGUGCGUGGAAGAGAGACAUCCAUUUCACUGUCUUUUAUCAACCCUUGCUUCGAUUUUGCGCCUCUUUCACGUGCUAAGAUUUUACUUUCUGUGUUUUUUUAGCCAUCCUGAUUCUAACUGUGAACGACUGUGUGUUCCAGAAACAUGUUCGCAGACGACGCAGUGGAAGUGGCAGUAGUGUGAGAAUGCGACGAAGUUCUGUUGGUAGUGCAUCUGGUUCUCCAGCAACGGUGGUACUGUCGCGGAGUAACUCGAGUCGACAGUAAUGUGUCUAUGCAUUGACCCUUUUUCUUUUCUUCUUUGUGCUAUAAGCAUGUGUCUCUCCAGGCAUUGCAAAUAUCAUAGCGGCUGCGUAUAUUCGUGGUGAAUACGACCAUCCGCAUCUUUUCAUUUGUUUUGGGUUCCCCCUUACGAUAAUGUUGGUACUCCGACUACUGUUUCUACACGUUCCGUUUACAUUUUCUUUUCUUCACAACCUUCUCAUGUAUAUGGUUUAACCUAUUCUCUUACCGUCUAUUUUCUUAUGUCCAACUCAACAGGAGAUUUUCAAGACAAGAUCCGGCUCAGCAUACUGGAGCAUACUUGUGUCUAAGCAUCCCCUUUGAAAAUCUACCCUCCUUUCUAGACAGUGCUGUUUUUGGGUAAGGAAAAGGGUGAUAUGGCGUUUUCUUCUUUUCCCUUUUUGUGUCGAAAGUGUUAGAGUACUGACGGACACUAUCUAUCUGCUGUCCUCUCUGUCUUCAUGGGCUUUUUGUCUGAUUUAAUUCUAGGUGUCUCGUACAUGAUUGGUUAGAAGGAAUUCAACGAGCUACUUCAGG